UUUUCUUGAAGUCAAGUUUCAGCUUACAAGUCCGCCAUUUGCAAAAAGAUACAGCUGUGUUUUAAAUUUAAAAGACCAUAUUAAUAUAUGCAUUACUGCAUUUUAUUUAUAAGCUAAGCUUUUAGUACAAUUAUUUAAGCUCAACAAUUAGAGAAUGGCUGAAACAGUAGAGGAAAAGCCCGAGUCAGUUUUAAAUCUAGAAGAUCUACUUCAAUGCCCAGUUUGCUAUGAAAUACCUUCUGGUCAAAUUUUCCAAUGCAAUGAGGGUCACCAUGUGUGUGGCAGGUGUAAGAUGCGUCUGGAUGUUUGCCCUGUGUGCAGAGCCUUUUUUUUUGGCACACGUAACUAUGCUAUGGAAGAACUUAUAUCAAACUUCAAGAGAGUUAAAAAACUUAAAUCAAGCACAAAAACCUCCGAAUCGUCACAAAGCAGUUCACCUGCUGCAGUCAUUGAAACAUCUGACGCAGAACUUGUAAUACAAACACCAGCUUUGGAAGAGCAAGAAAAUAGUGAACAUUCUUCUACAAAUAGAUUGGCUCCGCCUCUAUCCUGUCGGGGUCGAUACCGUUGUCUUUGCUGCAAGCAAGGCAGUGUGCAACGCCUGCCCCUAGCCAGACUUCUGAACCAUUUGCGAUACUUCCAUCGUUCUGAUCUCAUUGAGGGCCGUAGUGAAAAUGCAGAGUAUAUGCAAGCUUGGCAGUUUCCUACAACCCCAGGUAGAAUAGUGACAGCCGUAAGGGUUGUGGAAAUGGGAAUUUUCUUCCUAGUCAUUGAAGUUGUUGAAGGCCAAGUUUUGCAUGCUUGGAUGACAAUGGCAGCCUCUGCCUGGGUCGCUCACGGCUUCAACUACUCACUUACAAUCUCUGGAAAUGACCGGGAAGCAAUUUUCACUGAUUACGUCUGGUCAGUAAAAUCUUGUGAGGGUACACUGAAAAAACAGAAACACACACUCAGUAUAACUGGAGCAAAUGCAUCUGCAAUGCUCUCAUCGAGUAUCAUGAGUGGGAAACUAUCACUCCGUCGACUGCCAUUUGAAGAACUACCAAACACCACUCAGCCCCGGGGAAUAAUCAGGGUUGCACGUCGAGGAAACCGGACUGAUUCAUAUAACCUUGAACCAUUUCUGGAGAAUCUGCAAAGUGAUGUUGAUUGGCUAUCACAAGCCUUUGCCACUUUAAGACGUACAGCUAGUGUCUGGUCUGAAGACAGUAAUGCAAACCAAGAGGAAGAAGUAGAGGUAGAAAGUGAAGAACUGGAAUCAAAUGAAACUCAGCCAUUAUCUAGAAGUGCAAGGAGGCGGAUGAGGAGACGGUUAAGGGCAGCCUUGGGUACCACACAUACUUCAGACGAGUAUUAUACAAGCAAUAAUAGAGAAAAUGGCAGCACAGUCAGUCUAUCAACUGGUCGUACAAGCCCAAUCAUAACAACCCGUGGUGCCAGUCCCAGUGCUAGAUCAAAUGCCAAUGUUAAUACUUCAAGUACUUCUAGGGCUGGUGUUGCCAAUUCUCGCACACCAACAAGCCCCAUUGUUGUGCGAACAGGUAUUGCCAUCGUCCAAGAUGCACCAGCCUCCCAACCAUCUGCAUCAAACGGCCAACCUCAGGCUAAUAGACAAAGAAGGAAACCGCGACACCGUAGAUAAAUUUGUUAUAGUUGGUAACUUUGAAACUCAGUAUAAAUUGUUUACGGGUCUAGUACAUACAUUAUUUUAGCUUGGUAUUUUAAGUGCUUUACAGCAAGCAUCUUUGUUGUCAUUGUUAUCAUUUCCUAUCUUUUCAUCUCUUGCUGGGGGCUCUCAAAAUCCAUGCCUAACAACAAAUCUCUAUUUCUUACUCUGUCUUCUCCCGCUCUCUCAAAGCUCAGGGUACGGAUUGGCUAAUGUGAAAUAAAAGUUAUUAGCAAAGCGUAACCUUAGUUUUUGAUGUCUCUUCAGUUUCAAAGUUAUCAUGAAUAUUAAGUUUGACAAACCUCUGGGGAUUGUAUAUAUUUUCUGACAAUGCAAUAGCAAAAAAUGUGAUAUUGAGCAAACGCUUCUAGUGACCGACCCAGAGUGAUCGAUUAUACAAAUAAGUAUAUGUUAUUAAAGAAUUUAGAUUAAAUUCAUGUGCGAAUGUUGAA